GAAAUGGAAAUCAUUCCUGAAGGCAGACACUUCCGUUUGGUGCAAGAAUCAGAGCUUCCCGAAAUAUUGAAGUAUUUAGAACGCUUUCUGCCGGAAUCACUAAAGUUUCAUCAAACAAUACGAACGUACCUGAAUGAUCGUGUUUGGGAUUUUAAAUUUUAUGUAUCGAAAGAUUGGCCAGAGAAACCCAUUAUCUUACAUUUUCCAGGAUGCACGCUAACGCCCGAAAACAAUAUUUAUCGCAGCUUUGGCAUAUUCUGCCCCUCAGAACAGAUCGAACAUGUCGAUCUAAUGGAAACCGAAGACAUUCUAAUCGAUUGGUCACUACCACUGUACCUGAAUUUUACGCACAUUGCUAUUAUGAAUCGCCUGGAUGAUUUCUAUAAGAAAAAGGGAAUCAUGGAGCGGCUGGAAGGUGACAUUUAUGUGUGCAAUAAACUCAAUACGGACUUGCAAUUGGAAGAGCUGCCCGACGAUGCUGAAAUGCGUCCACUGAAAGUGGAGGAUGUCGAGCACAUACACGAUCUCUAUCCGGCCAAUGAAAUUGAAUGUGUCGAUGUUUUUAAUAUUUUGGUACGAGUACUGCCCGGUUUGGGUGUCUUUCGUAAGGAUACGAAUGAAUUGGCCGCAUGGAUGGUACAUUCAUAUUAUGGUGCUAUGUUUUCCAUGCAAACACGUCCAAACUAUAGAAGAUUGGGUUAUGGCAUUCGUUUGGCUACAGCUUUAACCAAAAAAGUUAUUGAACGAGGCUAUAAACCAUUCGUUGUGAUACGUCCACAAAACGAUGCUUCUCGUAAUCUGUAUACUAAGUUAGGUUUUGAAAAAGUUUAUGAAACGUGCCGAGUCAAAAUGACACCGAAUCCUAUACAUACAAACGGUGGUCCUGAGCCCUCGGCUCCCGAACUAGAAGCCGAGUCGGAGAAUAAACCAAUAGAUGAAGGCAUUGAAGAUAUGCUGGCUGAAAAGUGUGAUAUUAAAGCUGCUGAUGAAGCUUCGGGCGAUGAUAAAAAGCCUACAGCAGCCGAUGAGGGUAUCGGUGAAGAUAAGUAAAUCUAUAGUUAGGUAUUAUAUA